GCCAUCCCUCCCCCUCUCUUCUUCUUCUCCCUCUCUCUCUCUGAACAUUUCCCAAAAUUUCUCUGAAAAUUCCUUUCCUAACUUCUUCAAUGGCUACUCUUGGCUCCAAGGUCAGAGUGAUAGUUAGGGUUAGACCCUUUCUUCCUCAAGAGAUCUCUUCAAGAAAUGGCGACCCAGUUCCGUGUGUCUCCGUCCUGGACCAACAUUUCGAGUCUGCAGAAGAUGAAGUUGCCGUUUAUCUCAAAGAUCCACAAACCAGCCGAAAGGAGUGCUACCAAUUGGACUCAUUCUUUGGGGUAGAAGAUAAUAAUGUGGGUCAGAUAUUCAGCAAAGAAGUGAGCCCUAUGAUACCUGGAAUCUUCAGUGGCUGCAACGCCACGGUUUUCGCUUAUGGAGCCACUGGCAGUGGCAAGACAUACACCAUGCAGGGGACUAAGGACCAACCUGGCUUGAUGACACUGGCUAUGUCUAUGAUACUGUCCAUUUGCCGAAACAGUGGCAGGACUGCAAAUAUUUCAUACUAUGAGGUCUACAUGGACAGAUGCUAUGACCUCUUGGAGGUCAAAGCAAAAGAGAUUUCAGUUUGGGAUGACAAAGAUGGCGAAAUCCACCUCCGUGGACUCUCUCAGAUUCCCAUAAACACAAUGUCUGAGUUUCAUGAUGUUUUCUCGAGCGGAGUUCAGCGGCGUAAAGUUGCUCACACUGGCCUCAAUGAUGUCUCUAGUAGGAGCCAUGCAGUCCUUAUGAUCUCUGUCUCCACUCCUUCUGCUGAUGGCACUGAAGCAGCUGUAUUCGGAAAGUUGAAUCUCAUUGACUUGGCAGGUAACGAAGACAACAGAAGGACCUGCAAUGAAGGGAUUCGUCUCCAAGAGAGUGGUAAGAUAAACCAAUCCUUGUUUGCACUGUCAAAUGUGAUCUAUGCAUUAAACAACAACAAACCACGAGUUCCCUACCGCGAAAGCAAAUUGACCCGCAUAUUGCAAGACUCUUUAGGGGGAACUAGUCGUGCAUUGAUGGUCGCUUGCCUGAAUCCAGGAGAAUACCAGGAAUCUGUUCAUACUGUUAGUUUGGCUGCUAGAUCAAGGCAUGUGUCUAAUUUUGUGCCUUCAGCUCAAAAACAAGAGACUCCAAAAGUUAAAGUGGACAUGGAAGCCAAACUGAAAGCUUGGCUAGAAUCAAAAGGCAAAACGAAGAGUUCACAAAGAUUUGCUGCAUCUAUCUCUCUGUUUCCAAGAAAAACUCCAAGUUCGGUCAAAAUCUCUGCAAAGAGAUGUGUUACUUUCGAUAGUUCAGUGAAGGGAGGAAGAACUGGAAUUAAUGAAUCCGCACAACAUACAAAAGAAAGUGCCUUUGCUGUGUCGUUUGGAAAUCUACUGGAUAGUCCAGAUCCGUUCAAUACUUGCUUGGAGGAGAAUGAAAAUUGUGGUGUUAAAAGCAACGAUAAGCAAGAAUCUGAGCAUUAUACCAAUAAGUCUUCAUGGGAGCCAUGUAAAAAUCUCCCUGCUGAGCCAUUGGCCAAGGUGAUGAACUCGCCAAUUACAAAUGAGAGCAAAAAUGCAGCCCAAAGUCCUUUAAGAAAACCCCUCUCCCCUCCCAACAUCAGUGUUAAUCAAAAGCCCCUUGAAGCAUUCCCUUUCUCGCAAACACCUUUUACAGAAACCUGCUCCACUAACAAAGGGAAAAUACAAAAGAAUGACACUCCGCUUGACAAAUUCAGUACACGAAGUUCUGCGUUGAAGAAUACUCUAGUUCAAGAAUACAUUGAUUUCUUAAACAAUGCAAGCAGAGAGGAACUACUAAAGUUAAAGGGCAUAGGAGAGAAGAUGGCAGAAUAUAUAAUAGACCUUAGGGAAGAAAGUCAAAUUGAAUUGCUAAGUGACUUAGAGAAGAUUGGCCUCUCUUCGAAGCAGGCCCAUAACUUGUUCACUAGAGCUGCAAAGAAACUAUUUGAAGAGAAAGCGACAGAUUCAAUACUCGGUUGAAGCCAUUCUUAAAUAGUUUAAGGGUAUCUUGGCCUUUCGGCUAAGAUCUGUUGUAAUAUUUGUUGUUUGUUUUCAGAUUUGUGUGUUGCUAUAUCAGUUAGCAUAGUACCAAUGUUGGGGAGUAUCGCAUUGCGCAAUGCGUGGUAUGGCGUAGCUUCACGCGCAGAUAUUGUCUACGAGACUACGACCCCUGACUGAGAAUGCAGUGAGCUUGUUAGUGGUGGGUUAAUUAGGGGAGUUUGAAUAUGUUUUAACGAAGUAUGUUUCAAUGAAGGUGAGUAAGUUUUAGGAUUUUUUGGCAUAUUCAGGAUGUAGUUUUUGGUUAGGCUGAUUUUUUCUUUCGGUAUUAUUGACUACGGAAGGAAUUUUGGUUUUUUUUUUUUUUUUGUGUUUGUAGGCUAUGUUUGGGUGCCAACCUUUUAUUAGAGGGCAAAUCAUGGCCG